GAGCGGCGCCCGGGCCGAGCGCGCAGGCCCGGCCAUGACCGACUUCAAGCUGGGCAUCGUGCGGCUCGGCCGGGUGGCCGGGAAGACCAAGUACACGCUGAUCGACGAGCAGGACAUCCCGCUGGUGGAGGGCUACUCCUUCGAGGCGCGGAUGGAAGUCGACGCAGACGGAAACGGUGCUAAGAUAUUUGCCUACGCCUUUGACAAGAACCGGGGCAGGGGCUCAGGGAGGCUCCUGCACGAGCUUCUGUGGGAGCGUCACCGGGGGGGCGUCGCGCCGGGCUUCCAGGUGGUGCACCUUAAUGCCGUGACAGUCGACAAUCGCCUGGACAACCUGCAGCUGGUGCCCUGGGGCUGGCGGCCCAGAGCCGAGGAGACGCCCAGCAAGCAGAGGGAGCAGAGCCUGUACUGGCUGGCAAUCCAGCAGCUUCCCACGGACCCCAUGGAGGAGCAGUUCCCCGUCCUGCACGUGACCCGCUACUACAAUGCCAACGGGGACGUGGUGGAGGAGGAGGAGAGCUCCUGCACCUACUACGAGUGCCACUACCCACCCUGCACCGCCAUCGAGAAGCAGCUCCGGGAGUUCAGCAUCUGUGGGCGCUGCCAGGUGGCGCGGUACUGUGGCUCCCAGUGCCAGCAGAAGGACUGGCCGGCCCAUAAGAAGCACUGUCGGGAGAAGAAGCGCACCUGCCAGCCGGAGCCGGAGCCGGAGCGGUGACGGGCCCCGCAGGACGGCCGUGGGCAUGAGGCAGCAGGACACCCAGGACGUGGCCACUUCCGGCCAGGCGCCUGCGGGCGGCCUCCGGGCCUUGCACUGUGCAGAGACAGCUGGGAGGCCCUGGACACUCCUUAUUUAUAUGUUGAUAUGUUUGUAAACUCAUGUACAGUUUUUUGGGGAGACGUGGGUGGGUAAGAAAUGACCAAGAGAAUCAUUUGCUGUGACCCUUGGUGGCCAAGGCUGCAAUGCGCCAUGUGGCCGGGCGCCUGGGCAGCCACAGCGCAGAGGCCCUGGGAGGGUCCCACCAGGGCAGAAGUAAAGGGUGGACUUAGAUGGCACCUCGGCCACCUGCUCUCUUCACCUUCCUGGGGCCGUCACUGAGUGAGGGGUGGGGUUCCCCUCCUGAGCGAGCCAGCAAUGAGGUGCACGGCCUUUCUCGGCCUGGAUCAAGCCCGGGUGGCCAAGCCCUGCCUGAGGGCAUGAGGGUCUCGCGGCACUAGGCUGUGAGCUGCAGAGGCCCUGCCUGCGGACGGGAGGGGCUCCAGGUCCACUGCUGGCCAUGGGCCCAGGAUAGCCUGUCCCUGCUGAGGAUGAAGCAUCAUCUGUGGAGCUGCCUUGGGGAAGCAGCAGCCGAGCUACGGGGGUCCUGCCAGAGGCUUUUUGGGAGAGUGAUGUCCAGCCAGCCCGCCUGGCCAUGUAUCCUGGCUGUCCCUGGCCCCAAACACGGUGCAGCUCCAGCCACCUCCACUGCUGUGUUCUGGAUGCUGCCGCCCAAGCAAGCCGUGCUGUGGCAUUUCGGUGGCCUAGAGCUGGGUGUUGUGACCCUGAGGUGGUGGGUCCCAUGGGUAAAGCCGGCUGCAGCCCCUGGUGGGUGCCAGGGUGGGGUGACGCUCCUGCCCCCAGGGGCUAGCUUGGCCGGCGCUGCCUGUGGGCUGCUGUGUGGGUCUUCUAGGCGCGCGGGGGCCGCUCAAC